UUUCGCUGUUGUUGACUUUGUUGCUUGCUUCCCCCUCUCCUCCCCCCCCUCCCGAACAGACAACGAGCCCAUCCUCACCCGGCUCGCUGCUUCUCUCCUCAACCACCACCACCACCACCACCACCACAACCACCCACAUAACCCGUCAAGAUGCGUGUCGAUCCCUGUUUCUUUUGCGGCCGUCCGGCCUGGCCCUCCAAGGGCAUUACCUUUAUGCGUAACGAUGGCAAGUCCUUCCGCUUCUGCCGCUCCAAAUGCCACAAGAACUUCAAGAUGAAGCGCAACCCCCGCAAGCUCAAGUGGACCAAGGCCUACCGCAAGAACGCCGGCAAGGAGAUGGUGGUCGACAGCACCCUGCAGUUCGCCGCCCGCCGCAACGUGCCCGUCCGCUACGACCGCGAGCUCUUCGCCAAGACGGUCAAGGCCAUGGAGCGUAUCUCGGAGAUCCGCCAGCGCCGCGAGCGCAUCUUCUACAAGCGCCGCAUGGCCGGCAAGCGCGCCCGCGAGGUCGCCGCCGCCCGCAAGCUCGUCGCCGAGAACGAGCACCUCCUCCCCCGCCUGCGCGGUUCCGAGAAGAGGAGGCUGGCCGAGCUCGCCCAGGAGACGGGCCAGGACGUCGAGGAGCUCGAGCGCGAGGAGCUGGCCAAGAAGGCUGCCAGCAAGAAGACCAAGGCGUUUGGCGGCGAGGUCAAGAGGCUCCGUGUCAGGACAGACGGCGGCGUGGAAGAGAUCUCGGAGCGCGUCGCUGGUGGAGGCUUGGUCGAUGAGGAUGACGAUGACGAGAACGAUUUCGAGGACGUGGACGAUGACGACGAGAUGGAUACCGACUGAGCGCCCGAGUCUCUGUAACUAUUACUACCGCGACCACCACCACCGCCAACCACCACCACCACCAUCACCAACACCGAAACCAGCCACCUCUUUUCUCGGGAUCAUUCGUUGUUUGCUUGUUUUCUUCGGACGAACUCGCUCCCGCGGCUGUCGAUAUCCCUAUGCGGGGGAGGGUUCUGCUGUAUUUUUUCGGCGGCCUUUCCUCGCCACUGAGACCUGCCUAGUUGACACCAGCAACAAAGCCCAACUACGACGAACGGGUCUUGGUGUAUAAAGACGGAACGACCAGAAAGAGGACAGGACAGACAGCAAUUGGUUGACCAACAGCCAAUACUCUAACUGUAAAAACAGUAACUGUGGCUUUGGACAGACAGACAAUCCUCCCCCCCGAGCGAUGGCUGCUUUCGGGGCUUGCUUAUACCCCUUGCUUGGUUGGUUGGUCGUUGGUCGCUACAGGUCAUUGGAAAGAUUCAUUAUAUUCAGAACCAUGGUUUUCAAGGGGGGGAUCAAUCAGUCUACCUUUAGUAGCAAAGCAUAUUUUCGGUUUUAUUGGAAUCGGCGAAUUUGGCGUUUAAUAGACACGGGGAGACCCACAAUAUGAAGUACUUGUUUGUUUUUUUCUUUCUGCCAUGUCUUGUCUUGUUUUAUAGUAGUAAUCCUCAGUACUUUCUGACUCGACAAGUUACUCGUUUCUGUCUUCUGCC